CGUCAGCAGAGUGAUUGGGAUGAGGUGGGGCCCAGUGGAACAAGUUAGAAGAGUUCGUUGAAAUGAAACUGGAGAAUGGAGAUCGCAGAAGAACAGAUUCCUUUCUUUCUUUCUGCAGUUUCCAACAACCCAAACUGGCUUCCAUCAUCAAUUAUCUUCCUCACGAUGUUGCCAUCAAAAUCGCUUCUCUCCUUCAGGUUCGAGAUUUGUGUGCCUUGAGUUGUUGUUCCACUUUCUGGAGGGAACUCUGCGUCUCCGAUUCCAUUUGGGAGUCUCUUGUCAGAAAAAGAUGGCCUUUACUCACUUCCUUCGAUUUCCCUUCUUCAUCAUCAUCGUCAUCUUCAUCUUCAUCUUCCACUUCCUCUUCCUCUUCCGCUAAUUCCCCGAAUUUUAAGAAGUGGAGGAAAUUGUACUUAAAGAGGCAUGUGGAGUUGGGAGUUAGGGCAAGGUCUGUUGAGAAGUUUGUGGAAGCUUGUUCCCGUUCUGAAUCACUUGAAGUUAGGGACUAUCUCAAUGCUGUUGAAACCUUGAUUGCCACAAGGUUUGGUUUUGAAGAUGUCCAGAGGUUCCUCUUCAACCCUAAAGUCAACGUCUUGCUUAACUUGAUUGGUGUCCACUAUUGCCUCACAUGUCUUGGGAUUCAGCAGGGCGACGAACUCGUAGAAUCGCUUCGGGCUAGUGAGAUAUCUGAUCGGCAUGUAUGCAUCAAGUGGUGGAAAGUUGGGAGAUGGAUCUAUGGCUUCCGCAGGAGGGACGAGUCACAUUCUCGUUGGGUUUCUUUGGCAUAUUUAGCAACAGAAGAUGAUGAACAUGUUCUGGGGGUACUUCGCCGAGGUACCAUUCAUGAGGUUGUACGUGUUCAGAUCUCUGCUGUUGGUCACACAUCAACACCUUGGUCCUAUAAGACUGAUCAACUAUAAGUAUAUAUAUAAUUUAUAUAGCUAUCAGUUUUAGUAUGUGUAUAAUGUGGUAAUAAUACGUGUGUAUCACUAUCACUACUAUUAUGUCAUUAAAUACAAGAAAAUAAGACAAGUUCAGAUUACUUUUAAAAUCAAUCAGAUUAAAAAUAUGCAUAAAUUCCAUUCUUGUAAAUGUAAUAGAUGAAUUCGUGGAGGACAAUUAUACCAUGCAUUGAACUCCAAUGUUGUUAUUUAAGUUGUCACAAUCAAGCACAUAGAAUGCUUUUCUUCUCCA